UCUCUCUCUCUCUCUUUCUCUCUCUCUCUCUCUCUCUCUCUCGACUGUACGUGUUCUGUUAAAUAUGAGACAUAGCCCAGCGCUUUCGGGCAAACGCAGGCACAGCAAAUUGCCUUCUGAUUAAUUCUCGGCCGAUAGAAGCACGUUAAACUACGGCAACGGUCGCCACCCCCGCAGCACACUGACCCAGUAACUCCGUUAAACAGCGAGACACAGUGGCGACCGUACCCUCAUUGCACAAUACGGUAGCGUAAUCGGCGAUACCGCAACAACGACGAUUUGUCCUUGCCCGCUCUGCCGAGUGUGGUCUAUUAAAUUACAGGUUGAUUCGUAAGUUGCAACGUGACCCUGCGACGGAGCCCGACCGUAAAGUUCAGGAAUUGCGAUUGUACGUAUCGCGAUGUCGAUCUCGACGUCAGCUCGCUUCGUCCGAAGAAGAUCGCCCGUCCUCGCGCACCGCCAGCUUCCUUGAGAGAUCUGAGAUAUUUUGGGAAAAUUAUUUUUUAUUCUACCGACUUGUAUAGAUCCUGAAGUUCUUCUAUCUGUUAUUUUCUUUGCAUGUUUGCGAUCCCUGGUAUCCUUUUAGACGUUCACACAUACUUGGGUCUUUGAAAGCGCGGGUCUUUUUUUCAUAAACUUUCGCGUAGAAUUUUUAUAUCUUUGAAUUCAUUAGUCCGCAAAUAUCCUAGUCCCAUUUCAGGGGUAUCCUUCGAGUCUCUCGACCCUUGCUUCAAUGUAUUUUCAAGCUCCAGCAGUUGAGACCACGUUCUUGAUUCAGCUAUUGCCGGAAUAUUGCCCCAGAGAUGAGUCCGGUGGUAUUCUUGAAUCUUCGCGUUAGUAAAUUCCUUUCAGUCCUUCGAUCUUCGAGGAGAGCGCUUCUCCCGCACCCCGCUAAUGAUAUUAUCAACGAGCGACGUGUUAUGAAACGCCUUGUACACAAAACUCACCGGCGACUCGCGAUGCUCCCUUUUCCCGGGCUCUGGUGUCUUCGGGGUCAAAGAGUCGGGUAACGUCCGGACGAAAUGACACGGUGAGGCUUCGUCGAGGUUCUCGCUCGCUCGCUCGCUCAUUCCUGGUGGGGUAAACCACGAGCGGGAUGGUCUCGGGAGCGACUCGAGGGUAUUUUCAUCGCGGCAGUGCAACACGUGCACCCGGUGCAGCCGGUGCACGCAUUCGCCUCGACUACUCGUCGCCAGCUUGCGCUACGGGACCCAUCGCCGUGCGGCAGCGGCCCCAGCCAACCUCCUGGAAGAUGCGAGUCCCGAGGAGCUGGUGAUCACGUGUCGCCCCGUCGCCUCGAUCGGCUUAUUUCUUGUCGACCGAUCAGCGGGGGCCGACGUUCUCCGGCGAGUAACGUCAUCGGCGAGAUGCGGCAGGCCGGAUGACGUCGCUCGUUGUCGUCCGUGAGACGGCAAUAUGGCGAAUAUCAAGGUGGCUGUGCGCGUGAGACCGAUAUCUGCUAGGGAAUCAAAGCUGACCGGGUCCCAGGUGGUGGUCCGCGCGGAAUCGAGCGCAAUCUCCCUGACAAAUCUAAAGGUGUCGUCGAGCAAGGCCGGGGAUAGUCGUGAGAGAACGCGAAAGUAUGGUUUCGACUAUUGCUUCGACUCGUCGGAUCCCGAAGCGAAGAAUUACGCGACGCAAGCGACGAUCUACCAGACCCUCGGCCAGUCCAUCCUGGACGCGAUGUUCUCAGGAUACAAUUGUUGCCUAGUGGCUUACGGGCAGAGCGCAUCCGGCAAGACCUACACCAUGAUGGGCACGAAGGAGGAUCCAGGACUUAUCCCACGGCUGUGCGAGGGUCUCUUUUCGCGAGUCGAGCAAGAAGACGGUCGUGAGAGGAUCUAUCGCGUGACUAUUAGUUACCUGGAGAUAUAUAACGAGAAAGUGCGGGAUCUCUUGAAACCGUCGGCGACUGCGAGCGGCCUGAAAGUUCGGGAACAUCCUCGACUGGGGCCUUAUGUUCAAGGGCUGACGCACCACGUGGUCCGCACCCUGGGGUCGUUGAUGUCAUACGUGAAGGAGGGCACGAGGGCCAGGAAGACAGCCUCGACUCUUCAGAAUCCCAGCAGCAGUCGUAGUCACGCGUUGCUCACCGUCGGCCUCUCGCAAGAGACGACGAACGGCGAGCGUCUCGGCGGAGGUUCGUCCUGCAGGAGGCAGGACGCCGCUCCACGUGGCGGCAGCAGGUUGCACCUGGUCGAUCUGGCAGGCAGCGAGAGCGCGGCCACCUGCGGCGGCGUUCAUCGACUGAAGGAGGGCGCGAAUAUCAACAAGAGCCUGGUGGCUUUGGGGAACGUGAUAUCCGCACUCGCCGAGAGAGGCUCGACCGGAAGCGGACCGGGCAGAAGAUACAUCCCUUACAGGGAUUCCUCGCUCACUUGGCUGCUGAAGGAUGCACUCGGCGGAAAUGCCACUACCAUUAUGCUCGCCACGAUAUCUCCGGCCAGCGGAAGUUACAACGAGACCGCACACACCCUGCGAUUCGCCCAAAGGGCGCAGAGCGUGGUCAACCGACCAGUGGUCAACGAGGAUCCCGUGGCGAGACUCGUCCGCGAGUUGAGGGACGAAGUCGCCAGGUUGAAGUCCUUGUUACUCGAGAAGGAUAUCGAUCAGGGGGCUAAAACGUCGUGUUGCUGCGGCAAAGUUCAAAGUUCAAAGGAUUCGUCGACAAACCCUCAGUAUCGUGAGGGACAAGACUCGCUCGACACCUCGCGCUUCCGAGAACUCGUUCCGAGGAACGAUCUCGCGCUAUCGAAGGACGAGAAGCCCUUCGACUCGUUGUCGAUCAGGAGGUCCAACUCGAGCGACAGUGUGAUCACCUACGAGACUGGUUGCUCGGCCUUCAUCAGAAAGUUCAGCUCUUACGAGCACCUGCAGCCAACGGACCGUUUCGCUGGUAAUUACAAUCAGGCGAAAAUCACCGAGCUGAACGACGAAAAGGACGAGGUGGUAGACGAGAUCAACGAGCCGGUGUUCGUGGACAUACCGACGCUGGUGGCGGUGUUGAUCAAGCCGGACGACAGUUUGCAAGAGUCCUCGACGCAGAUCGAGGAGAUUUGCUCCGACGAGGUGCAGGAGGACUCGAUCGACACCGACUUCAUCGAGGUUGGCAACGACGAGUUCGACGGAUCGGACAAGGUCGACGACGUUGAUCUGGACGAUCGCAGCAAUAAUCCCGUGAAUUGCUGCAACGCUCUGGAUGACUCAGGGAUCGGCGAGUUCCCGCAGACUCCAUCGAGCCAAACAUCCGUCCAGCGGGACAGCCCGAGGGGUAAGUUCCACAAACAAAAUUCGAUCGACCUAUCGUCAUCGAACCUGAACGUCUCGAGGAACUUCGGCUCUGUCGAGGGGAUCAGCAAGAAGAAGGAACCACUCUCCGGCCUCCAGCGGUCGCACACGAAUUUGGAGAAGCGUUCAACGCUAUCCGAGCGAGCGAAGAAACUCAACAACAUCCGCGAAGUCGACGAUCGUAAGACUCACAGUAAGUCUACUGGUAUCUGGAAGGCAAUCGGUAGCAAAGAUCAGUUGCACAGAAAGAGCAGCAACGACUCCGACAAAAGCCUGAAGGAUUCCACCAAUGAAAAGAGCGGCUUCAAUUACAACUACGGCCGUAAACCGAGUUUGGAGAACCUGAAGAGGAAGACCAGUAAAGAUAGCAGCUCCAGCAGCUCCAAAGAGGAGCAGAUCCUGAUCUCGAGCUUGACGCGCGACAAGUUAUUGCGCAGGAAGAGCUCCUUAGAACAAGAAGCGGCGGCCAGUGGAAAGCCUCAUGCGACAAUCCAGAAAGUGAAGCGCGCCGAGAUCGUAGCAGCCGUGACCGAACGACUUUACUCCAGCAGGAAGCACAUGGAGGAGACCAUCAAUAUGGCGACCAACAACGCAUCGGGCACACGCUCGCCGCCGGAGGGCACCGACGUGAAGCUGCCCUCCCUCAGCAAUAGCGGCAGCAGCGGCUUUGCCGCGAGGACGAAGCUCCAGGAGAUCUCGCGGAGGAUGCUACUGAAGCGACGCAGGAUCAACGUGGAGACGCAGACGGAGACGCCGUCGACGUUGCGUUUCAAGGACACCGCUAGUCUCACGGACGAGCCCAAGCUGGUGUUUCAGGACGUGGCGGUCCUCACAGAGGAUCACACUGGCUGCGACGAAGCACCGGUGAGCUACCGAUUGCCGGUUCUCCGGGUGAAGGACGUCGCCACGUUGACGGACCGGCCGUGGACCCACAUUUACCGUUGCAAGGACGCCGAGAGCUUGGCGAACGACUUGGACUUUGACGACUAUGAGCAACCGCUUCAGCGCUCCCCACGAAACGACUCCGGCAUACUUUCCGACGACACGCAAAAUUAUACGGAGAGCAGCCGCUCCGAGAGCGCCGAGGUGUCCGAGUUUUACUCGGAGGGUGACAGGAAAGUGGAGUACGCCGAUAUCUCGACGAACACCUUGGUCUCGUCGCCUGUGAGGAACUCAGCCGUGCAGACGGCGAUGCGCCAUGGGGCGGUUGAUCAGCGGAAGGACAUCAAUUGCGAUCAGUGUUGCAGCUUGGCCUCGGCGAGCAGUAUCGAGAAGAACGUCAUCUCGAUAUCUUUACCGGACAUGAUCAGCAUAACGAUCGAAAGUACCAACGGUCUGGAGUCCAAGAUCGCUGUGGUGGACGGCGGCGAAUCGGUGGAGGAGAGACUGAAGCCCAUCUCCAGCGACAAAGAGUCUCAGACAGACAAGCAAGUGAAAUACGAGGUCGAAAGAUCCUUCUUGGAGGAUCUGUCGGUCAGGUCGACGGCCAUUCAGGCGGACGGCAGAGUCUUCAGAAUCGAGAACAUCUUCCAAGAUCCGAGAAGCAAGAGCUCUUCUGAAGCGGCUUCCGACCUGAGGAAGGAGAUCGCGAUGAAGAAAUCGGUGACCUUUAGGAACUCGUUAGGCACUUCCUCCGUCGUCGAGACAAAGGAGAGUGGCACGGAAAUGGAGUGGGACAAGGUGCAUGUUGAGCAUCUUGGUCAGAGGAAACGAUCGAUUCUAAAAGGCGGCUUAACACGGGCCUUUAUCGCGAGGAGACGCAGCUGCAGCUUGAGUCCCAGAAGACCGGCGCAUAAGCUCGCUCGUCACGACCUCUGGAAGAACUGGACUCUAUCGCGCCCGGGAAAGUCACCGGGUCUCGUUGGUUAUAGUAGAGAAAUGAUCGAUACGCCUUCUCUCGCGCAGAGAAACGUUGAUUUAAGGUCAGUCGAUGACCUGUCGACUUCUUCCGGGAUGAAAGGCGAAUGUACUCCGGACGAUAAAGGAUCGGGAGACACGAUUCGUCAUUCGUCCAGUCAGAUUGUCAGCGAUUUUGAGGAUUCGAAGAAACUGGAGUCUGCCUCGAGGAAGGCUCUACUGGAUUACGACCAUAACUUCUCGGACGACAGUCUCGAUUGCGAGCAAGACAACAUCGCGAGAAAAGCGGGCGAUGCGGGAAUCGCGGAUUCGCAUGAAAGUUACGAGAAUCUCUGUCCUCCGGAUGUAGUCGCGCACACAAAGAAGGAAGCUUCGAAGCCCAUGAGUCACGUGGAUACGAUCAAUGCGCAAUCCUCUAUAGAUGAGGAUUUUGAGACCAUCGAGAUAGAGCUUCCAAGGAGGAAAAUUACAGAAGAAUUGGCAAAUUCAAUACACGAUUACAAAUCGCUGAUUCUGGGGACGUUCUCAUAUACCGUGGACAGCGACCCUGAGGAAGAAAUCAGCGCUGAAACGUCAGGAGUAUCUGAUAACAUCAAUAAGAAGAAGGUGUCGUUUUCGAAUCCCAACAGCCCGGAGGAGAUAGGCGACACCGUGACAAGUCGCAAAACUUUGGCUAAAUCGAGGCAGGUAGCCUUGAAGUCCAUCAUCAAGAAGAUAAAGAAGAAGAAGCCCGGAUUGAUUGAAAACUUGGCUGUCGUUCAAUCAAACAUCGAGACUGAUCGAUUCUCGCAGCGGGAAAAGUCGGAGUCGGCGCCAAGCGAGAAAACCCCGUCCGUUGCGACAGAGAAUAAAGAUGUCGAAGACUCCAAGGAACAACCGAGCGACAAGAAGAUGGAGUUCUCCAACGAAGACAGCCUCGAAGAGCUCUACAGUGAGUCGGACAGUCUGAUCAGCGAGGACGAGGACGUCGGUUUAUGCAUAGCUCCCAGGAGAAAAAUAUUCGAGAAGUACCUGAACGAAGCGACGGCCUUCAUGCGCAACAUGAACUCUAUAAACGAGUACAUGAGUGCCACGAACAUGUUGGAGAACGUCCUAGGAAAGCGUCCUAGGAGGCGAAGGAACCGUCAGAGACGCCAUCUCUCUGCCAGCAAAGACUACGUGAAAUCCCGAGGACGCAGAGGUCUGAAAAAUGACACCGACAAGAAACCACAACCAGACGAAGACGACGACAAUGUUGUUCCCGUCGAGUCUUACGAGACUUACAAGAGAUGCUUGAAGGGCAUCGAGAGACUGGAGGCUUGCAUCGACAAAGUCGGCGAACACAAUCAAUUCCUCCGUGACAAGUACGGCAUCGACGUUGAAUCUGCUGGCGCUAAAUCGGGUUUAGCGAGUCCCAGCGUAGAUUCCAGAAGGACAUUCGCCGUAACCAAGGACGAAGCGGCCCGUCAACGCGAGGGCGCGAUUUCCGAGGACGACGUCAACUUAUCGAGCUCUUCCAAGAUCUCCCCGGCCUUUUUGUCUUCCAAUCGAGCUGACAUCGCGAAGCAGUCCAACUCGGACGAGAGAGACAGGCAGGAAGCCGUCAAAGUUGAUAAGAACGAUUUUAACGAUGAGAAAAACGACGAUCUCACGUCACGGAACGAUCUCGAGCGCAGAAUCUUUGACCAGCUGAUGAGCGCGGCUGAUUCCAGCAGUUGUUGUUAUUGGAGUCUGAGGAGACCCCGACAGAGACGCCUUUGGAAAAUGUCCGAUUCUAGGUCACGAAGUCCACCGACUUGCUCGAAAUUUCGGGAAACUUUUUGCCGAGACAUUCGUGGAGUCUUUGAUUUCGAUGAAGCCACCGAGGAUUAUCUCGGCGAAGUUGAGAGUAGUCCGCGAAACACGAGGAAAACGAAGCUCCCGGGGUCGACGAGAGAAGCCGGAUCGACUUGGACAUCGACUGAAGCUGAGAUCGAUCCUGCGGAAUUCCGCGACAAGUUGCCGAUAGAGAAUAAAAGUCCGUUAGCAGAAAUUAAAAUAUCAAAUCAGCCUACGAUCUUGAACACAAAGCUGGAGUAUCUCGAUUGUCUCACGGAUGCAACGAGUCCUGAAGCGACAGGACGAACGUCUCGCGAGGAGGACGAAAUUGCGAGAAAGAACAUGGGAUCAAAGGAUAGCCUGAGGAUCGACUCGAUGAAUCACAAAUUCGGACCUCUGAGUGUAGAAUUGAAGUACCCUGGAAGUCCGAGAGCGAAGUUUUUGGAACUUCUAAAGGAGAGAAGACGAAUCGUCGAGAACAGCAGAGGUACGAGUGCAUUUUGAACAGUUACACCCGUUAUAAAUUGUAAAUCUAUAUUUUUUACGUAUACAUUUUUUGUAUGUUAAAUAUCGCGUCGAGAGAGGAGAGGAAUCGUCUGCUUCGGACGAUCCGCGAUUAAGCGCGGAGGUUUAUUGUAAAUGAAGAGGAACUUGUGUAAAUAACAGCAUCAUAACGUACGACGACAUUGUAAAUAAUGGCAUUAUCAUAAUGUCCCCAUAAAGUUCUCAUAAGUUUAUUAAUUCAUCAGCGAUUUGUUUUCAGCACAUACAUUUAGCGCGUGUUAAUGACUGUAUCGCUAAUUACGUGCGAAGCGCGUUAAUGGAUCCUAGCUCGCGAAAUGCACAUUAACGUUUUAAUUGAACGUCAUUUAUCGACGGGUGCUUUUUCGUACUUAACGUUUGGAUUACUAACAUAAGCUGAAAUUUUUCACGGUCUAUUUGCGAUGAUCGAUAUUCGGUGUGUCGCGACGCACCGAUUAUUCUUGUGUACACACGAUGCCCUUCUAACUUCAUCGGAAAAAGUGUGUACAAACCGUUGUGCGAACGAGUGUACAUAAUCCUAAGCAAUUGUCCUUUAAAUUAUUCAGUAAAGUGUCUUGCUUCCUGAUUAUUCAUGUCUUUUUCAAACCAGCUAUUCACAUGAUUACAUUCAUGAAUUUUUACGCAAAUUUUAUCGUGAAAAAUAAUGGCAGUGUCCCUCAAAUAAUUUUAUUCCAGUUGAGGUCAAGUCAGGUAAAUACACCGAUCUCUGAACGAUGAAAAAAGAAAACUAUAAAAGGAAAUACUGUAUAAAGCCAAAUCUCUCUCUUAAAGAGACUCUUUUUUGCGCAAGUAACAUAUAAAGAUGAUAUUAUUUUUUAAGAAUAAAGGAAAAUUAAUUGAGUAUUAGUUUCUUCACAAUGAGCAUUCGAUAAACGAAAAAUUUCGUAAAGCAAAUAUCUGGACAUCUCUCUUACCUAAUAAAUCCUUAAUUGAAUCGACAAAUUAAAGCAUCAAUAAAGUUGGCAAAUUCUUGUAUCUGUUUUACCAAAAGAAAAAGCAAAUGAAUGAUUAAUUUUGCAAAAAGUGUAAAUUUAUGGAAAAUAUACGUGUUUAUAUAUCUCGCAACUAAAACUUUAAAAUAUAAGAAAAGAAUUUUAUUUUGUACCGCAAAUUUCAUUUAUUCUUAUUUAGAGAUUAGGUGUUCGAGUAUUCAUACUUUGACCUUAGUGCAUUAUACCGCUAGUAUUAUAAUGUUGUAUUAUUAAUGACAAUUGUAUCAUUCACGUUAAACAUAACAAAAUAACAAUUGUAUAAUUCACAUGAAUAUCGUUUAAUAA